CCAGGUCCCUGAUGCGUGAGGCACCAGCGAUGGCAGGCGCCCGGCACCCCGUGUCCGUGUGCACCCUGGCCCUAGUGCAGACAGAGCGGCUGCAGACAUUUGCGUUCUCUGUGGGCUGGUCAGACGACAGCGAAACCUUUGUGCGCAGGAGCUGGGAGGAGUUCAAGACACUCCAUAAGACCCUCAAGGAAACCUUCCCGGUAGAGGCGGGCCUGCUACGGAGAUCAGACCGUGUUCUCCCCAAGCUUCGCGGUGAGGCGGCCGCAGACACACCGCUGUUGGUGCGCGGGGGGCGCACGGGCCGCGGCCUAGCGCGCUUGCGGCUGCUGGAGACCUACUCGCGGGCGCUGCUGGAGGCGGCGGAGCGCGUGUCCCAGAGCCCAGCGCUCACCGGCUUCUUUGCGCCGCAACCCCUGGACCUGGAGCCCACGCUGCCACCUGGCAGUCUGGUGAUCCUGCCCGCCCCUGAAGAGCCCCCGACCCGCCCGCCUGACAGCCUCGCCAUCCGUAGCCUGGAGGCUCAGAGCCUGCGCUGCCUGCAGCCCUUCAGCACCCAGGACACGCGGGGCCAGCCUUUCCAAGCACAGGCCCAGGAGGCCCUAGACGUGCUGCUGCGGCACCCCUCAGGCUGGUGGCUGGUGGCAAACGAAGACCAGCAGACAGCAUGGUUUCCUGCUCCCUACCUGGAGGAAGCAGCCGCGGGCCAAGAGCGACAGGCCCUCGGAAGGGGUGGGCCCCAAUUCUGCGCUGCCCGCGCCUAUGAGAGCAACCACGAGGAUGAACUGUCCGUGCCCGCAGGGGCGCGCGUGCGCGUGCUGGAGACCUCAGACCGAGGCUGGUGGCUGUGCCGGUUCGGCGGGCGCUCAGGUCUUCUCCCAGCCGUGCUGCUGCGACCUGAGGGCCUGGGCGCGCUCCUGAGCAGAUCGGGGCUCCACCGAGAGGCCAACGGAGAGGACGUCAGGGUGGGAGUGGCCCAAGGUUCCCCUGAGGCGCCCCAGGCCACGACCCUGCCCCCUACCGUGCCUGCCCGACCUCCGCGGAGCGCCAUUCAGAGCCGCUGCUGCACCAUCACCCGCAGGGCACUGGCGCGCAAGGACCCCCCUGAGGGUGUGUGCAAGUGGGCAGAGGGCAAGUCAACGGCUCCAGACCUGGGGCAGAACUGACGCCAGCCACCAUCAGGGCU